AUGAGUGAUUUGGGUCUAUUGCAUCAUUUUCUUGGUCUUGAAGUUACUCAAGAGGAUGAUGAAGUAUUUGUUUCUCGGCAAAGCUAUGCUGAAGCAAUGCUUAGAAAGUUUAAUAUGUUCGGGUGCAAAGCAGUACCAACACCACUCGCUUCAAAUGAGAAGCUGAUGAAAAAUGAUGGUGGAAGAAAAGUGGAUAGCACUCUUUACAGAAGUAUCAUUGGUAGUUUGAUGUAUUUAACGGCUACGAGGCCCGAUAUAAUGUUUGCUACUAGUUUGUUGUCAAGGUUUAUGCAAAUUCCCAAUUAUAUUUACCUUGGAGCAGCCAAACGAGUUCUUCGUUACAUCAAAGGAACCUUGGCUUAUCGCAUCAAAUAUUUCAAGGGUGAAGAAUUAACUUUAAUUGGAUUUUGUGACAGUGAUUGGGCAGGUUCAAAAGAUUACAUGAAAAGCACAUCUGGUUUUGUGUUUUCACUUGGAUAUACCACCAGUGCGGCUAGCUGGUAUAUCCUCCGAAUAGCCUCAACAGAGGCAUCCACAGCCUCUUGCGCACUGUUACUACACCAUUCACAUGUUCUUUUACGUUGGCAUAGAAUUCGCGUAAAACUAUCAAAUUCCCAUCGUCCAUCUCUUUAA